AUGGCCCGUAAGCUCCCAACCAGAAACGGCACCUCGAACCACGAUUUGUUGCCCACGUGUGCACGCCACGCCCGCCCGCCCAUCUCUCUCCGCCGCAACGGCCUCCGCCGAUUGUCCGCCGGACAGUCCGACGCGCGACUCUGUUGCCGGAGGGAGGUCGGCGGCCGGAGCUGGGUCGGCCACGUGAGGAGUCAUCAGGUCGCUGAGAUAUCUAACCAGCGUGAACGAAAGUCCUGA